AUGGGAAUGGAGCCAUUGGCAACAACACUGAAGAAGCAAGCUUCUAUGAUGGAGCUAGCUUUAUACCUCUCUCCCUUGCAAUAUCACACAAUUUCACCCUUUUGCUAUUCCUAUUCCAGAGACCUAUUCACAAGAAGUAAUCAAUUUCGAUUUCAAGCCAAGAUCAGUAAUAGUACAAGGGAUAAGAACCUUAUUUUCUCCAUGUCAAAGAAGCAGCAGCAGCAGCUUUGGAUUAGCGAACCAGAAUUCGAUGACGACUAUUACUUAAAAGAGGAGGAGGAGGAAGAAGAAGAAGAAGAAGAGUCGAAUAUUUUUUCACUGAGUGAAAAGCCAGAGAGGAACAUGGCGCUGCUCGACGACUACGAGAUGGAAGAACUUGACUACGCUUCUGACCCUAAUCAUCGAAGCAGACGACUGAGUGAGAAUCGAAUGACUGGCUAUGGAGAAUCAGGAAUCGGGCGGCGAGCGAAGGGACUGAAGAAGAGCAUUUCACCUUGGAGGAAAGCAAAAGCAAGAAUGUUGGCUUGA